CGGAACUCAAACACAGCGACCAUGUGCCCGCUCGCCUUGAACGUGGGGUUUCAAUUGUUGUGCAUCGCUUGUCUCUGCUCUUUUCUAACUGCUGCAGCAAUUGUCACUCUACCAGGGCAAAUAGCUACGAUUCCAGCAUGGCAUGUCCAAUCGUCUCGCCAGAUCGGCAAUGACCAGUCAAAAUUAUCCGACCCGGGGCUCGACACCUCUUCGUGGUACAAGAUUGGAACCAGAGGAACAUUGAUGGCCACGCUGCUUGAAAAUAAUGUUUACAAAGAGAAGGAGAUCUUCUACUCGACCAAUUUGAAGAAGGUGACACCCACACGGUUCUCUGUCCCCUGGUUUUACCGAGCCAAAUUAGAUCUGAAGCCGGGAAAUGGCUCGUAUUACCAACUUCGCACGCACGGAAUUUCAUCAAGUGCAGAUAUAUAUCUGAAUGGAGUUCUAGUUGCCGGGAGGAAUACGCAGGCGGGAUCAUACACUGGAUUGGAACUGGAUCUCACCGGUCUAGUGAAAGCGGGCAAUAACAUUCUUCUCAUACGUGCAUAUCCCACCGACUACAAUCGAGACCUUGCUUUGGGAUUCGUGGACUGGAAUCCGUAUCCACCGGACAAUGGAACUGGGGUAUGGAGGGAUGUUGAGGUGAAGCAGUCAGGUGGAGCAUCUCUUUCGCUUCCGCGGGUCGUGGCUCUCGCAGAUAGGUACGAAAAGAACGCCAACAUCAGUGUGAGAGUCGGCGUGAAGAACUUGAAGAAUAGUACUCUUCGCGGAGAAGUGGCCUGCACAGUACUUGACCCAUCAGGUACCGAGCUUGGACAUCCGAAAGCAGAAUUUGUGCUUGAAGCACGUGCGCAACGAAAAAUUUGGUGGCCAAAACAAUGGGGUGCUCAGCCUCUAUAUUCCACCGUCUGCACUGCGAGUAUAGGCGCCGAGGUGUCAGAUAAAACCUCCAAGAUUAGGUUCGGGAUACGAAGUGUGACUUCAACGCUUUCCUCCUCAAAUGACACUACAUUCUUCAUUAAUGGGAAGCGAUUCCAAGUCGUCGGGGCCGGUUAUACCUCAGAUAUGUUCUUACGAUUUGAUGCAGAGAAGAUCCGCACUCAAUUCCAGUACAUGCUUGAUAUGGGCAUGAAUACAGUCCGACUCGAAGGCAAACAAGAGCACCCAUAUCUAUAUGAGCUCGCUGAUGAACUCGGACUCAUGGUAAUGACUGGGUGGGAGUGCUGCGACAAGUGGGAAGGUUGGACUUACAACGAUGAGGGAAGUGGCGAGAAGUGGACUGACCGUGACUAUACGAUCGCAAACUCAUCCAUGCGCCAUGAGGCUGAAAUGAUGCAGCAUCAUCCCUCUUUGUUAGCAUUCCUAGUUGGGAGUGACUUCUGGCCCGACGAUCGUGCCACCAAGAUCUAUGUCGAUGCUUUGGAGGCAUUCGACUGGAACAUUCCCAUAAUAUCUUCUGCAAGCCAACGUGGGUUCCCAGCACAACUAGGAAAUGGGGGUAUGAAGAUGGAGGGUCCGUAUGACUGGGUCCCACCUUCGUAUUGGUACGAUGAUCAGAAUCGCCUCGGGUCUGCAGCUGGGUUUGCGAGCGAGCUUGGUGCUGGUGCAGGAACGCCAGAGCUAUCGUCUCUGAAGAAGUUUCUUUCGCCUGCCGACCUCGAAGACCUUUGGAAGAAUCCCAAAAAGGGACUUUACCAUAUGUCGACCGAGGUUUCGCAAUUCUACACAAGGGAGAUAUACAAUGCAGCACUAUGGGCGCGCUACGGGGCACCAACUUCGCUCGAUGAUUACCUUAUGAAAGCACAGAUGAUGGACUACGAGGCCACGCGCUCACAAUUCGAAGCCUAUGCAGCUCGAUGGAAUACCCAGCGUCCUGCAACGGGGUUGAUAUACUGGAUGCUGAACAACGCUUGGCCGUCCCUUCAUUGGAAUCUCUUCGAUUACUAUCUCCAUCCCUGGGGCUCAUACUAUGGAGCGAAGAUUGCUUCCAGAGAUGAACAUGUAGUCUUUGACCCUGUAGGGAAUAGUGUAUAUUUGAUCAACCGACAAAUCGAUCGCGCAGGACAAAGAACCGUGGACUUCGAGAUCAUCAGCCUGAACGGCACAAUCCUCUCCCGGAACUCGUUCUCUGGACCAACAGAGCCCAGCUCAGCCAAGUUUGUCGGUUCACUACCAGGCCUUUCGGGAAUUGAAGAGGUGGUGCUUCUUCGGCUUGUCCUGCACGACAGGAAGGAAACGCUCAGUCGCAAUGUGUACUGGAUCUCUGGGAAGACCGAUGUGCUGGAUUGGGACAAGUCCACGUGGUAUUAUACACCGACGACGGCAUUUGCCGACUAUAAGGCACUGGAUGGAGUGGCACGGGCUAAUGUCACUCUUACACAGCAUGGAACGGCGGUCGAGCUCACCAACACCGCGAAAGUGCCGGCUAUCUUUGUACGACUGAAUCUCUUGAAUGAAGCUGGCAAUGACGCUGUUCCUGUACUGUGGAGCGAUAACUAUAUUACGCUCUGGCCAGGGGAGAAGAUCACGAUUGACAUUGGAAAUGGUGGUAAGUUAAAGGGAGGCACAAGGUCCCAGUCCUGGGCUCAUAAUCGAGCAGUCACAUAA